AUUUCUAAUUACUUUCGAUUCAGCUCGACGCCAUUGGCGAAAUUGGCUCGGGUUUUCAGGAAACCUUCCAGAUACGCGGUCGAGAUCAAGGAGCCCGGAACUCACAUGGUACGCCUCCAUUUCGACCCUUUCGUUUCCUCCAAUUUUGAUCUGAGAGAGGCCCGAUUCCACGUCCUGGUUGACAAUUAUGUUGCUCUGAGCAACUUCACUGUAUCAGACACUCUGGUAAAGGAGUAUUUGGUCUGGGUUAGUCAGAACAAGCUUGUUAUCACGAUUGUUCCAACCCAGAAGGGUAAAUUAGGGUUCGUAAACGCAAUUGAGGUACUUUCUGCGCCUAAGGAUCUGAUUCCGGAUACGGCUACCCUUGUGAGGGAUGGCGAGGAGACGAGAGAGAGCUAUGGGGAAUUGAACUACUCCGGAUAG